CCAGUUCCUCCUUGUGGGUCAGAGUCACUAGGCAGCUGGCGCCUCCUCACUUCCUCCUCCCUUGGGACCAGAGCUAUUGUCCUGCCCAGGGCUUCAAGCCCAGGACCUCCCCGACCACUGCCAGCCCACCAGCAGAGCUCAGCCCACCACACUGACCAGCCGCAGGGAGCUGCGAUGGCACGGGCGUCAUGAACGGUGCCGGCCCCGCCGCCGCCGCUGCCGCCGCCGCCGCCGCCGCCGCCGCUCUGGCCCCGGACUGGCGGCAGUUCUGCGAGCUGCAGGCUCAGGCGGCCGCCGUGGACUUCGCGCACAAGUUCUGCCGCUUCCUGCGGGACAACCCGACCUACGACACACCGGACGCUGGCGCCUCCUUCUCCCGCCACUUCGCCGCCAACUUCCUGGACGUCUUCGGCGAGGAGGUGCGCCGCGUGCUGGUGGCCAGACCGGCGUCCGGGGGAGCGGCCGAGCCCCCCGACGCCAUGGAGCCGGAGACGGCAGAGCCCCCGGCCCUCAAGGCGGCGGCCUACGGCCACUCGCGGAGCUCGGAGGACGUGUCGGUGCACGCCACGGCCAAGGCCCGUGCCCGCAAGGGCUUUUCGCUGCGCAACAUGAGCCUGUGCGUGGUGGACGGCGUGCGCGACAUGUGGCACCGGCGCGCCGAGCCCGAGGCCAGCGUCUCUCCGCGGGCCGCCGAGCCCCCGGCCGAGCCGCGCGACAAGUGGACGCGGCGCCUGUGGCUGUCUCGGACGCUGGCUGCCAAAGUAGAGCUGGUAGACAUCCAGCGUGAGGGCGCGCUGCGCUUCAUGGUGGCCGACGACUCGGCCACGGGCCCCGGAGGCACUGCCCAGUGGCAGAAGUGCCGCCUACUGCUGCGCAGGGCCGUUGCUGGCGAGCGCUUCCGCCUGGAGUUCUUCGUUCCACCCAAGGCCUCCAGGCCCAAGGUCAGCAUCCCCCUCUCAGCCAUCAUCGAGGUCCGCACCACCAUGCCCCUGGAGAUGCCAGAGAAGGACAACACAUUUGUGCUCAAGGUGGAGAAUGGAGCUGAGUACAUCUUGGAAACCAUCGAUUCACUGCAGAAGCACUCGUGGGUGGCCGACAUCCAGGGCUGCGUGGACCCUGGGGACAGUGAGGAAGACACUGAGCUCUCGUGUGCCCGGGGAGGCUGUCUGGCCAGCCGCGUGGCCUCCUGUAGCUGUGAGCUCCUGACAGAGACAGCAGACCUGCCCCCGCCCCCAGAGACAACAGCAGCAGUGGGUGCUGUGGUGACUGCUCCACACAGCCGGGCUCAGGAUGUCAUCGGGGAGUCCCUGGCCCAUGUCCCGCUAGAGACCUUCCUACAGACCCUGGAGUCCCCGGGCAGCAGCGGCGGCAGUGACAGCAAUAACACAGGGGAGGAGGGAGUGGAGCCCGAGCCUGACCCUGAGCCCGAGCUGGAGCUCUCCAACUACCCCUGGUUCCACGGGACACUGUCACGGGUCAAGGCGGCUCAGCUGGUGCUGGCGGGGGGGCCACGGAGCCACGGCCUCUUCGUGAUCCGCCAGAGUGAGACUCGGCCUGGGGAGUAUGUGCUGACCUUCAACUUCCAGGGCAAGGCCAAGCACCUGCGCCUGUCCCUGAAUGGCCACGGCCAGUGCCACGUACAGCACCUGUGGUUCCAGUCUGUGCUUGACAUGCUUCGCCACUUCCACACCCACCCCAUCCCGCUGGAAUCAGGGGGCUCCGCUGACAUCACCUUGCGCAGCUAUGUGCGAGCCCAGGGACCCCCACCUGAGCCCCGGCCCGCGCCCAGCGCCGCGCCCGCCUGCUGGAGCGAGCCGGCCGGCCAGCACUAUUUCUCCAGCCUCGCGCCGGGCGCCUGCCCGCCGGCCUCGCCCUCGGAGCUGCCCGCCGCCUCGUCCUCGGCCGCCUCGUCCUCCUCGGCCGCGUCCGUCGCCCUGCCCGCGCCCGCGCGCGCCGCCGAGGGCCCGCUCAGCGCGCGCGGCCGCAGCGACAGCACCGAGCGCCUGCGGGAGCCCCCCGGCAGCGGUACCGACGAGCCCCCCGAGGCGGGCGACGGCGCCCGGGGCCGCCCGCGGGCAGUCGAGAACCAGUACUCCUUCUACUAGCGCCCGUGCGCGGACGGCCACCAGCCGGCUGGCCUCGGCUCCCGGCGGCCCCGCUGGCGCGGGUGGGAGAAGCGAAGCUCUUCAGUGAAGACAUAAAUGUUAUUAAAGAGCCUGUUUUAGGGACUGCACCCGGCCCUCCUGUCAUCCUUUCUCCUGCCCUGGCCUCAGGCCCCCGCCAGCGGGCCGAGGGGAGAGUUAGGGGCUCCUGCCAGGGGACCAGCACAGCUAAGCGAUAAAGCCCAAGGGCAAGGCUCAGAGUCUGGGGACGGAGGGUGGUCUUAGCGAGCUGUGAGAGGGGGUAUGUGUGACCAGAGUAGAGACUUAGGGGCAAGAAUGAGGGGUAGAGAGAAUAGGAGAAAGAGGAGAGGAGGUGGCUCAUCCAGAGACACGGGGAAGGAGGUGGCGGGGAGGGGUCGAGUCGUGGAGGCCUUGAAUGCGUGGACGAGGAUUUGAGCCUGGGUAGGAGUCCGGGGAAACCCUGGUGGCCUAGUGGUUAAGAGCUAGGCUGCUAACCAAAAGGUCGGCGGUUGUAGUCCCCCAGCCGCUCCUUGGAAACCCCAUGGGGCAGUUCCGCUCUGUCCUAUAGACUUGCUAUGAGUCGGAAUCCACUGAAGGGCAGUAGCUUUGGUCUUGGUUUGAGGAGUCUGUUAAGCACUCUGCUGUUAAGAACAGAAAUGCAGGCGGCUCCACCAAAGGCCUUCCCUACCGCCCAGGGCAAGCAUUGAAACUGCAAGCCUGCAGGACCGUAGGGAGGGUAGGAGCACGCAGGGGCAGUCUCUAAAUUGCCGCCCCCCCAAUAUCAAGAUGAAUAGCAGAAAUACCUUCCCCCCUCUUGUCCAGCUGUCUCAGGUGCCUUUCAUGUUUGUGGCGCCUGGGACUGUCUUUCUGCACCUGCUGUGCCCCCCUCGACCUGUGCCCGAGGGCAACUGCCCCUCUCCCCUCCUCUGGCCGGGCCUCUGUCUACUGUGCUUGAGGAUGUUGGGCCCUACUGGGUUACGGGAGACUGCUCAGUGGCACCCCUGCUUCAAGUAGUGCCCAGGGUACAUGCCAUACCUGAGAUGCCCCUUGGUCUAAGCCCCUCCACUUCUGUAAAGACUACAGCCUUGGAAACCCCGUGGGGCAGUUCUGCUCUGUCCUGUAGGCUCACUGUGAGUCGGAACAGACUCCACCGCAAUGGGUUUUGGGUUUUUGGGGAGAGAAUAACUGUGUUCUUAGAGUUUGGCCUGGCGGUGUGGGCAGGGUGGUGGGCAGGAUUCCUCAGCGUUAGGCCAUUGUGGGGUUCUGCAGUGAGAAAGUCUGGGUUCCCAGCUCUGACCUAGACUCAAACCUGGAAGUGACCCACCCCCACCUUAACCUCUGCCCAGAUGUUCUCUCUGCCUUCCCUGUAGGCAGAGAUCCAGCUGUGGCUCACCUGUCCCUACACCCCGGAGACACCUCCUGGUCCUCAUCCCAGCCCCCGCAGCGUACAAUGCUCCUUUUAACAAGAAUAUUUUUCCUCCUGGGCCAAAGCCCCCCUGCCCCCCGUCUUAGUCAUACAAAUGGAUGGCUUUAACAAACAGAAGCUUAUACUCUCUCAGUUUAGGAGGCUAGAAGUCCGAAUCCAGGGCUCCAUCUCCCAGGGAAGGCUUUCUCUCUCUGUCGGCUCUGGAGGAAGGUCCUCCCCAUGUCUCUCUGUUACUUUCUUUCUUUUAUAUCUCAAAAGGGAUUGAUUUGAGAUAACAACCUAAUCUUGUAGAUUGAGUCCUGGCUCAUUUACAUAACGGUUGCUAAUCCCACCUCAUUAACAUCAUAGAGGUAGGAUUUACAACACAUGGGAAAAUCACAUCAGAUGGCAAAAUGGUGGACAAUCACACAAUACUGGGAAUCAUGGCCUAGCCAAGUUGACACACAUUUUGGGGGGACACAAUUCAAUCCAUGGCACCCCCCUCCAGUCCAAACUCUGCUCCCCACCUGGGGUAACAGACCACAGCUGUCUGUUUCCAAGGAUGCUCUUAUAGGGCCUGUACCAAUGAUGAAUCUUUCAGAACUCAGACCACCCAGCUCCUGUUCUCGGGACUGCAACUAAGGCCCUGGCUUAAUUUCUUAGUGCUACCAUAAUAGAAAUACCACAAGUGGAAUAAGGAAUAGAAAUUUAUUUUCUCACAGUUUACAAGGAUAGAAGCCUGAAUUCAGGGUGCCUGCCGGGGGAGAAGGCUCUUUCUGCCUGCUCUGGGGGAAAUCCUUGUGUCUUUCAGCUUCUCUUCCUCAGUUCCUGUGCGAUCUUCACACGGCAUCCAUCUUUCCCUUCAGUUGUGUGUCCUUGCUUCUGUGCCUAACCCAGUCCUUUCAUAUCUCAAAAGCGAUUGGCUUAAACACACCCUACAGUGAUAUGACCCCAUUAACAUGACAACGAAUUAAAAGAAAAAAAAAAAACUUGUUGCCAUUAAGUCAAUUCCUAUGCAUAGUAACCCUAAAGGACAGAGUAGAAUUGCCCCAUAGGGCUUCCAAGGAACACCUCGUGGAUUUGAACCGGCAACCUUUUGGUUAGUAGCUGUAGCACUUAACCACUACACCACCAAGGUUUCCCUACAGGUAGAGGGGUAGGAUUUACAACAUAUAUAUUCAGGGGGCAAGGGGGACACAACUCAAUCCAUAACAGACACCCACAUCCCCUUCCCCAUGUUAGAGGCACUAGCACCCUUGGUCGCUGUAGGGUCGCUAUGAGUUGGAGUCAACUCGAUGGAACAGGCUGUUUGUUUGUUUGUUUUAGCACUCUUGGUUGGCUCCAUUGCUGCAUUGCUGCUCCAGCCAUCCAGUCCCAACUCACAAAAUUGCCAGGAAGUGACUGAGCAGCGCCUCCUGCUGCCACCACGGUGCAGGAUGCAUAGAAGUUCAGUGCUCAGCAGAGUGUCUGGCUACCUUGGCUUCCGGCAUCUCCAUCCUGUGUGGCUGGAGCCCCUCUGCACUUUCACCCUGAUGUCCUGGUGGGAUGGGGUCUAUGCCAGGCCAAGUGCAAGUCCGCAUUCCACCCUGACAGAAGCAGAGGGGUUCUGGGGUGAGGUGCAGGCUGGGAUGGAGAAAUAGGGGCUGUGAGAGCCCGUUUUGCUGCCUUGACCUCUGAGUCAUCUGGGGCCUCCAUCCCAGGUUCCUCCCCUCCAGUAAGACAGCCGAGCCCCAAGCCUGGGGCUUCAUCCUUGCUCUCCUCAGUGGAUUUGCCCCUUGGAAGGGUUCAGAGGUGGCCUCAGGGUGGAAAUGACCAAACUUUCAGUCUCUGCCUCCCAGCAGCUGGCCUCCAUGGGGGCCACUUCACGUGCCGAGCAUGAAAGCAGCCAAAGGCAAUGAAGGAUCUCACCUUUGCAGAAUUCUCCCCCGCCCUGCCCCGCCCAGUGUGGGAGUCCACCCUAAGGGUGCCAGUCAGGCACUGUUCCUGAGCUGUUCCCAGGUCAGAGUGAAUUCAAGAGAGAACAGCUGAAGACGAUGGCUGAGCAGCAGACUGCCCUCCACUCCUGAGGGAUGUGGCAGGAAGGCCCAGCUGCAGGAGGUGAGCAAACCCCCUCUUUCCACAGAGUUACUGCCAGGGCGAGGCCCUCAGGCCUGUCACUCAAAGGGACGCUUCCAGAAAGCCCAGACUUGGUGGGGCUCUGGGGAAAACAGCAGCUUUUUAAGACCUUGGGCCAGUUGCUCAGAUGGCAGCAGUAUUUUCAAGAAGGCUUCGUUUGCUUCUCACAAGCAUUUCAGAUGCUUGCUCCGUGCCGUGCUGGGCCCGGGGGUAGCUGGGCAGGCAGCCAGACCAGCCUACUGCAGUAUGAUAUGGUAGUGAUAGAGGCUAGGUCAUGCCCUGGGACCACACUGAGAAGUGCCCUGGCUGGCUGUGAGGGCUUGGCCAAGGGCUACAGGAUGCAAGGGGCAGCAAGGGGGCAGCUGAGACCAGCAAGGUUGAGAGGGCCUUGAAUGCCAGGCCAGGGAGUUUGGUUUGAAAAGGAAGGUGUCAGGGAGCCAGUGCCAGUUUAAAAUGGGAGCUGAGCUCAUCAGUUUUAGGCAGAUCACCCUGGGGCUGGGAGAGGAUGGAUUGGAGAGGCUGUGGUAAGUCGGGGGAGGGAAGCUGAGCUGGGCCAGGGCAGCAGAGUAGGAGAGAGGAACAGGGUGGAUUCGUGAGCAAUAGCAGGAGGAGCAAUAGACUGAAAGGGUGGAAAAGGAACGUUUGGUGGAUUGCUAGCUUGAUGCUUGGAGGAGAGUUCAGCCCAUACCAAGAGAGGAGAGAACAUGUAACCCAAACCCGUGCCAAGAAGUGACUCCCAGGGUCUGUCUGCCUCUCUCUAGCCCUGCAUCACACCACCCAACCCCUUGCUGUCAGAUCCCUCCACUUCUCCCUUCAAGUAAGAGGUUACCUACUGAGACAGCUUGUCUCCCUACAUCAGCCACAUGAGAGUAAUUCCGGCUACAUGUAGUUUCCACGGCGAAGCACUCAGCGCCAUGGAGAGGUGAAGCACUGUCAUGAUAAACUCUCCUUAGAAGUGGCCUUGACCCAGAGGCAGGCACACAGUGAGGCCAGGUCUGGACCCAUUGACCCAUGGGAGCAGGGUCUCCCUGGGAAGAACCCAGGGCUGACACAUGGACACCCAGUAACCCACAAGCCCGACCAACAAGUAGGAAGAUGCUCUGGGUCCUGCCUCCAGACUUGAAGCUCCAGUUGCUCCAAGUCCAUCAUUCCCAUGGGAAUCGAGGUAUGUGUAUUGGCAGAGGGGUCUACACCUGUGCCGGUACCAUCAAAAUUAAAAGCUGUGUAUUGUAUGGCCCUUCAGAAAUGGAGUUGGCAAGCCAGGGAUAAUCCAAAUAAACAGUUCUCUCCGGUGGGCACUUCUAACUUACACAAGUUUGAGCCCCUUUGGGGUAGAAAAAGGAAAAUUCUUGAGACCUAAAGGGGUUCUUCCUGGUGACCUAGUGGUUAAGUGCUACAGCUACUAACCAAACGUUGGCAGUUCAAAUCCACCAGGCACUCCUUGGAAACUCUUUGGGGCAGUUCCACUCUGUCCUAUAGGGUCACUAGGAGUUGGAAUCGACUCAGUGGCAGUGGGUUUGGUUUUUUUUUUUUUUGGUUAAAGGGGCUCUUAAUGCCUAAUAUUAAGAGACAGCAAACCAAAAGGUGGAACCUACCCAAGUGUCCAUCAGCUGAUGAAUGGGUAAACAAAAGGUGGUACGUACAUACAAUGGACUAGUAUUCAGCCAUAAGAAGAAAUCAAGUUCUGACACAUGCUAUGACAUGGAUGAAUCCAGAAAAUAUUAUGCAAGGUGAAAUAAGUUAGACACAGAAGGACAAAGAUUGUGUGAUUCCACUUAAAUGAAAUAUUUAGAAUAGGCAAAUGCAUACAGAUGAAGGUCUCUUAGUGGUUACCAGAGGCUGGGGGAAGAGGAGAAUGGCAAGCUAGUGCUUGAUGGGUAUGAGAUUCUGUUGAGAAAUAUUGCUGAUGAUUGCACAACAUGAUUAAUGUAAUUAAUGUCAUUGAAUUGUACACUAAAAAAAAUAGUUUAAAUGACAACUUUUUUGUUAUAUGUAUUUUACCACAAUAAAUUUUUUUUAAAAAAGCAAAGCAAUGCGCUGAAAGAGAGUAAAGAAGAUUUAAAUAAAUGGAAAGAUGUCCAUGCUCAUGGACUGGAAGACUUAAUAUUGUUAAGAUGUCAGUAGUACCCAAAGCAAUCUACUGAUUCAAUGCAAUCCAGAUCAAAAGUCAACAGAAAUAGAAAAACCAAUCCUCAACAUUAUAUGGAAUGGCAAGAGGCCCCAAAUAGCUGAAACAAUGUUGAAAGAAAAGAACAAAGUAAGAGAGCUCACACUUCCUGAUUAUAAAACAUACCAUACAACUGCAGUAAUCAAAAUAGCCUGAUCCUGGUAUAACGAUAGACACGCAGACCAACGGAAUAGAAUUGAGAGUCCAGAAAUAAACCCACACAUCUAUGUUCAACUGCUUUUUGACAAGGAUGCUAAAUCCAUUCAAUGGGGAAAGAAGACUCUCUUCAAUAAAUUGUACUGGAAAAAUUGUACUGGGAUUUCCACAUGCAGAAGAACGAAACAGGAUCCAUGCCUCACACCACACACAAAAAUGAAUUCAGAAUGGAUUAAGAACCUAAGUGUGCAACCUAAAACCAUAAAAUAUCUAGAAGAAAAUGCAGGAGCAACACUGUCAGGCCUAGCUUUCAACAAUGAAUUAUCUAAUAUAAUAAUAAUAAAAAGCAUGAACAGCAAAAGACAAAAUGAAUAAACUGGACCUCAUAAAAAUAAAAAAAAAAUUUUCACCCAAGGACUUUACCAAAAAAGUGAAAAGACAAGCUACCAACAGACAGAAUAUCUUCGGAAACCAUAGAUGUGACAAGAAUUUAAUAACCAAAACAUAUGUAAAACUGGUACAACUUAACAGCAAAAAGACAACCCAAUCAUAAAAUGGGCAAAGUACUUGAAUAGAUGUUUCACCAAAGAAGACAUUCAAAUGGCCACCAAACGCAUGAAAAGAUGCUCAGCAUCAUUAGCCAUCAGAGAAAUGCAAAUCAAAACCACAAGAAGAUACCAUUUCACCCCCAUUAUGGAUGGCUAAGAUUAAAAAAAAAAAAAAAGCCAGAUAAUAACAAAUGUUGGAGAAGAUGUGGGGAAAUUGGAACCCUUACCCACUGCUGGUGGGAAUGCAAAAUGGUACAGCUAUUGUGAAAAAGUGUGGCGAUUCCUCAGAAAACCAAAAAUAGAACUACUAUAUGAGCCAGCAAUUCCACUCCUAGGCGUAUACCAAAAAGACUUGAAAGCAGAGACUCAAACAGACUGUACACCAAUGUUCAUUGCAGCACUGUUCACAAUAGCCAAAAGGGGGAAAAAAACUAAAUGCCCACCAACAGAUGAAUGGAUAAAUAAAACGUGGUACAUAGAUGAUCUUGAGUUUAUCUCAUCUGAAUUUAGAGACCAUCUAAAUAAAUUUGACGCAUUGAACACUAGUGACCGAAGGCCAGACGAGUUGUGGAAUGACAUCAAGGACAUCAUCCAUGAAGAAAGCAAGAGGUCACUGAAAAGACAGGAAAGAAAGAAAAGAGACCAAGAUGGAUGUCAGCGGAGACUCUGAAACUUGCUCUUGAGCGUUGAGCAGCCAAAGCAAAUGAAGAAUUGAUGAAGUAGAAGAACUGAACAGAAGAUUUCAAAGGGCAUCUCGAGAAGGCAAAGUAUUAUGACAUGUACACAAGAGCUGGAGAUGGAAAACCAAAAGGGAAGAACACGCUCGGUGUUACUCAAGCUGAAAGAACUGAAGAAAAAAUUCAAGCCUCGAGUUGCAAUAGUGAAGGAUUCCACGGGGAAAAUAUUAAACAACGCAGGAAGCAUCAAAAGAAGAUGGAAGAAAUACACAGAGUCAUUAUACCAAAAAGAAUUAGUUGAUGUUCAACCAUUUCAAGAGGUGGCAUAUGAAAAGAACUGAUGGUACUGAAGGAAGAAGUCCAAACUGCUCUGAAGGCAUUGGCGAAAAACAAGGCUCCAGGAAUUGAUGGAAUAUCAAUUGAGAUAUUUCAACAAACAGAUGCAGCUCUAGAGGUGCUCACUCGUCUAUGCCAAGAAAUAUGGAAGAUAGCUUCCUGGUCAACUGACUGGAAGAGAUGCACAUUUAUGUCUAUUCCCAAGAAAGGUGAUCCAACCGAAUGUGGAAAUUAUAGAACAAUGUCAUUAAUAUCACACGCAAGCAAUAUUUUGCUGAAGAUCAUUCAAAAGUGGCUGCAGCAGUAUAUCGACAGGGAACUGUCAGAAAUUCAGUCUGGUUUCAGAAGAGGACGUGGAACAUUGCUGAUGUCAGAUGGAUCCUGGCUGUAAGCAGAGAAUACCAGAAGGAUGUUUAUCUGUGUUUUAUUGACUAUGCAAAGGCAUUCAACUGUGUGGAUCAUAACAAACUAUGGAUAACACUGCCAAGAAUGGGAAUUCCAGAACACUUCAUUGUGCUCAUGAGGAACCUUUAAAUAGAUCAAGAGGCAGUUGUUCAGAUAGAGCAAGAGGAUACAGAUUGGUUUAAAGUCAGGAAAAGUGUGUGUCAGGGUUGUAUUCUUUCACCACACCUAUUUAAUCUGUAUGCUGAACAAAUAAUCCGAGAAGCUGGACUAUAUGAAGAAGAACAGGGCAUCAGGAUUGGAGGAAGACUCAUUAACAACCCGCGUUAUGCAAAUGACACAACCUUGCUUGCUGAAGGUGAAGAGGACUUGAAGCACUUACUGAUGAAGAUCAAAGACCACAGCCUUCAGUAUGGAUUACACCUCAACAUAAAGAAAACAAAAAUCCUCACAACCGGCCCAAUGAGCAACAUCAUGAUAAACGGAGAAAAGACUGAAGUUGUCAAGGAGUUCAUUUUACUUGGAUCCACAAUCAACACCCAUGGAAGCAGCAGUCCAGAAAUCAAAAGACGCAUUGCAUUGGGUAAAUCUGCUGCAAAGGACCUCUUCAAAGUGUUAAAGAGCAAAGAUGUCACCCUAAAGACUAAGGUGCGCCUGACCCAAGCCGUGGUAUUUUCAAUUGACUCAUAUGCACGUGAAAGCUGGACAAUGAAUAAGGAAGAGUGAAGAAGAAUUGACGCCUCUGAAUUGUGUUGGUGAAGAAUAUUGAAUAUCCCAUGGACUGCCAAAAGAACAAACAAAUCUGCCUUGAAAGAAGUGCAGCCAGAAUGCUCCUUAGAGGCAAGGAUGGUGAGACUGUGUCUUACAUACUUUGGACAUGUUUUCAGGAGGGAUCGGUCCCUGGAAAAGGACAUCAUGCUUGGCAGAGUACAGGGUCAGCGGAAAAGAGGAAGACCCUCAACGAGGUGGAUUGACACAGUGGCUGCAACAAUGAGCUCAAGCAUAACAACGAUUGUAAGGAUGGCGCAGGACCGGGCAGUGUUUUGUUCUGUUGUGCGUAGGGUCGCUAUGAGUCGGAACUGACUUGACGGCACCUAACAACAAUUUUUUUUAACAACAACACGUAGAUGCAAUGAAAUACUACUCAACCAGUAGGAGAAAUGAAGUCUUGAUACAUGCCACAUUAUACUGAGCGAAAUAAGCCAAUCACAAAAGGACAAAUAUUAUAUGACCUCACUUAUAUAAAAAGAAAGAAAAGGCAAAUACAUAGAGGCCAAAAUUUAUUAGUGGUUACCAAGGGCAAGAGGGGCAAGGGGAGGUUAACAGUGAUGGAAAAAUCACACAGCCAAUUAUUGUAAUUACUGUCAAAAAGUUGUUUCUUAUGUUGUUAGGUGCUGUCAGUUCCGACUCAUAGUAACCCUAUGCACAACAGAACCAAACACUGCCCAGUCCUGCACCAUCCUCACAAUCGUUACACUUGAGCUCAUUGUUUCAGCCACUAUGUCAAUCCAUCUCAUUGACAGACUUCCUCUUUUUUGAUGACCCUCUACCUUACCAAGCAUGAUGUCCUUCUCCAGGGACUGGUCCCUCCUCAUAAAAUGUCCAAAAUGCAUGAGAUGAAGUCUCACCAUCCUCCCAAGGAGCACUCUGUCUGUACUUCUUCCGAGACAGACUUGUUCCUUCUUCUGGCAGCCCGUGGUAGUAUAUUCAAUAUUCUUUGCCAACACUAUAGUUCAAAAGCAUCAAUUCCUCUUCAGCUUUCUUUAUUCAUUGCCGAGCUUUUCCAUGCAUAUGAGGUGACUGAAAAUCUCAUGUCUUGGGUCAGACACACCUGAGUUCUCAAAGUGACAUCUUUGUUUUUUAACACUUUAAAGAGGUCUUUUGCAGCAGAUUUACCCAAUACAAUGCGUCGUUUGAUUUCUUAACUGCUGCUUCCAUGGGCAUUGAUUGUGAAUCCAAGUAAAAUGAAAUCCUUGACAACUUCAAUCUUUUCUCCAUUUAUCAUGAUGUUGGUUAUUGGUCCAGUUGGGAGGAUUUUUUUUUUUUAUGUUGAGACGUAAUCCACACUGAAGGCUAUAGCCUUUGAUCUUCAUCAAAGGCUUAAAGUCCUCUUAACUUUCAGCAAGCCAGGUUGUGUCAUCUGCAUAUUGAAGGUUGCUAAUGCAUCUUCUUCCAAUCCUGAUGCCCUGUUCUUCUUCAUAUAGUCCAGCUUCUUGGGUCAUUUGCUCAGCAUACAGAUUGAAUAAGUAUGGUGAAAGGAUACAAUGCUGCCAUACACCUUUCUUGGUUUUAAACCACCCAGUAUCCUCUUAUUUUGUUGUAACGACUGCCUCUUGAUCUAUGUACAGUUUCCUCAUGAGGACAAUUAGGUGUUCUGGAAUUCCCAUACUUUGCAAUGUUAUCCAUAAUCUGUUAUGCUCCACGCAGUCAAAUGCCUUUGCAUAGUCAAUAAAACACAGAUAAACAUCUUUUGGGUAUUCUCUGCUCUUAGCCAAGAUCCAUUUGACAUCAGCAAUGAUGUCUCUCCUACCACAUCCUUUUCUGAAUCUGGCUUGAAUAUCUGGUAGUUCCCUACUGAUAUACUGCUGCAACCAUUUUUGAAUUAUCUUUGCAAAAUUUUACUUGUCUCUGAUAUUAAUGGUAUUGUUUGAUAAUUUCUGCAUUCUGUUGGAUCCCCUUUAUUUGGAAUGGGCACAAAUAUGGAUCUCUUCCAGUUGGUUGGCCAGAUAGCUGUCUUCCAAAUUUCUUGGCAUAGACGAGUGAGCACCUCCAGCACUGCAUCUAUUUGUUGAAACAUCUCAAUUGAUAUUCCAUCAAUUCCUGGAGCCUUGUUUUUCCCCAAUGCCUUCAGAGCAGCUUGGACUUCUUCCUUCAGUACCAUCAGUUUUUGGUCGUAUGUUACCUCCUGAAAUGGUUGAACGUUGACCAAUUCUUUUUUGUACAGUGUCUCUUUGUAUUCCUUUCAUCUUCUUUUGAUGCUUCCUGUGUCAUUCAAUAUUUACCCCAUAGAAUCCUUCAAUAUUGCAACUUGAGGCUUGAAUUUUUUCUUCAGUUCUUUCAGCUUUUGGUUUUCUAACUCCAGGUCUUUGCAUAUUUCAUUGUAAUAUCUUACUUUGUGCUCUCAAACCACCCUUUGAAAUCUUCUGUUCAGCUCUUUUGCUUAAUCGUUUCUUCCAUUUGCUUUAGCUACUCUACAUUCAAGAGCAAGUUUCAGAGUCUCUUCUGAUGUCUAUUUUGGUCUUUUGUUUAUUUCCUGUCUUUUUAAUGACCUCUUGCUGUCUUCACGUAUGAUGUCCUUUAUGUCACCCUACCACUCGUCUGGUCUUCAGUCAUUAGCAUUCAGUGCAUCAACUCUACUCUUCAGAUGGUCUCUAAAUUCAGGUAAGAUGUACUCAAGGUUGUACUUUGGCUCCCAUGGACAGUUUUCAUUUUCUUUGGGUUCAGCUUGAAUUUGCAUAUGAGCAAUUGAUGGACUGUUCCUUAGGCCUUGGCCUUGUUUUCACUGAUGAUAUUGAGCUUCUCCAUUGACUCUUUCUACAGAUCAAUAAGCUGUACACCUUUAAAAAGUUGAAUUGGCUCAGCACAGUAGCAGGAUACAAGAUAAACAUACAAAAAUCAGUUGGAUUCCUAUACACCGAUAAAGAGAACAAUGAAAAGGAAAUUGGGGAAACAAUGCCAUAUAUAAUAGCCCCUAAAAAAUAAAAUACUUAGGAAUAAAUAUAACCAGGGAUGUAAAAGACCUUCACAAAGAAAACUACAAAACACUACUGCAAGAAACCAAAAGAGAGCUACAUAAAUGGAAAAACAUCCCAUGCUCAUGGAUAGGUAGACUCAACAUUGUGGAAAUGACAAUUCUACCCAAAGCGACUUACAAAUACAAUGCAAUCCUGAUCCAAAUACCCACAACAUUCUUUAAAGAGAUGGAAAACCUUAUCAUUAACUUUAUAUGGAAAGGAAAGAAGCUCUGGAUAAGUAAAGCACUAUUGAUGAAGAAGAAUAAAGUAGGAAACUCAAACUACCUGACAUCAGAACCUACUAUACAGCCACAGUAGUCAAAACAGCCAGUUACUGGUACCAUGACAGAUACACUGACGAACGGAACAUAAUUGAGAACCCAGAUGUAAAUCCAUCCACCUAUGGUCACCUGAUUUUUGACAGGGACCCAAAGUCAACAAAUGGUGCUGGCAAAAACUGGAUGUCCAUCUACAAAAAAAAAAAAAAAAUGGAAUAGGACCCAUACCUCACACCACAUACAGAACUAAUUCAAAAUGGAUCAAAGACCUAAAUAUAAAGCCAAAAACUCCGAAGUUCUUAGAAGAAAAAAUAGGAUCAACGCUAGAGGCCCUAAUACACGGCAUUAACAGGGUACAAACCACAAGCAAGAAUACACAAGCUUCAGAAGAUAAGCUAGAUAACUGGGAUCUUCUAAAAAUUAAAACAAUUCUGCUCAUCAAAAUACUUCACCAAAAGAGUGAAAAGAGAACCUACAGUCUGGGGGAAAAAAAAUUGGCUAUUACAAAUCAGACAAAGGUCUAAUCUUCAAAAUCUACAAGAAUAUCCAAUAGCUCUACAAAAAAAAGAAAAAUAAUCCAAUUAAAAAAUGGGCAAAGGAAAUGAACAGACACUGCAUGAAAGAAGACAUUUAAGUGGCCAGCAGACACAAGAGGAAAUGCUCAAGAUCAGUAGCCAUUACAGAAAUGCAAAUCAAAACCACAAUGAGAUACCAUCUCACCCCAGCAUUAUUGUAACGAACCAAAAAAACAGGAAAUAACAAAUGUUGGAGAGGCUGCAGAGAGUUCGGAACUCUUAUGCACUGCUGGUGGGCAUGCAAAACAAUACAACCAUUUUGGAAAAUGAUAAGCGCUUCCUUAGAAAGCUGGAAAUAGUAAUACCAUAUGAUCCAGCAAUCUCACUCCUAGGAAUAUAGCCUAGAGAAAUAAGAGUCGUCACAUGAAUAGACAUAUGCACACCCAUGUUCACUGCAGCAUUGUCCACAAUAGUAAAAAGAUGGAAACAACCUAGAUGCCCACCAACAGAUGAGUGGAUGAACAAACUGGGGUACAUAUACACAAUGGAGUAUUAUACAAUGAUAAAGAACAGUGAUGGAUCUGUAAAGCAUCUUAUAACAUGGAUGAAUCUGGAGAGUAUUAUGCUGAGUCAAAAAAGUCAGUCACAAAAGGACAAAUAUUUUAUGAGACCACUAACUGUAAAAACUCAUGAAAAGUUUUACACACAAAAAGAAACAAUCUUUGAUGGUUAUGAGGGAGGGGAGGGGUGGGGAUGGAAAAACACUAAACAAACAACAGGUAAGUGGUAACUUUGGUAAAGGGUGAGACACUACACAGUACUGGGGAGACCAGCAGAACUUCUACAAGGCAAGGUUAUGGAAGCUCCACAGACACAUCCAAACUCCCUGAGGGACUGAAUUGCUGGGCUGAGGGCUCUGGGGACCAUGGCCUCAGGGAACAUCUAGCUCAAUUGACAUAAUAUAGUUUAUAAAGAAAAUGUUCUACAUUCUACUUUAGUCGAGUAGUGUCUGGGGUCUUAUAAGCCACUGAGUGGCCAUCUAGGAUACUCCACUAGCCUCACCCCUUUGGGAGCAAAGAAGAAUGAAGAAAACCAAAGAUACAAGGGAAAGAUUAGUCCAAAGGAAUAAUGGACCACAUCUACUAUGGCCUCCACCAGACUGAGUCCAGUACAACUAGAUGGUGCGUGGCUACCACCACCGACUGCUCUGACAGGGAUCACAUGGAGGGUCCUGGACAGAGCUGGAGAAAAAUGUAGACCACUAUUCUAACUCAAAAAGAAAGACCAGACUUGCUGGCCUGACAGAGACUGGAGAAACUCUGAGAGUAUGGCCCCUAGACACCCUUUCAGCUCAGUAAUGAAGUCACUCCUGAGGCUCACCCUUCAGCCAAAAACAAAAUGAGACUAAAGGGGUACACUAGCCCUGGGACAAGGACUAGAAGGCAGGAGGUGACAGGAAAGCUGGUAAUAGGGAACCCAAGGUUGUUAACCAAUGUCCUAAAACAAUAUGUGUACUAACUCUUUAAUGAGAAACUAGUUUUUUCUAUUAAAAAAAAAAAAGUUGAGUUGACAAAAAUUGUGUGAUAUAUUUACAACAACAACAACAAAAAAGAAAUGAGUAGGUGCUGAGGAUGUUUACGUACAACCAAACACUUUAUGGGAUUUUGUUCCCUGAUUUGGGGGUUUAGGGUCAUGGUUUCUUGGGACAUCCCAAUUAAUUGGCCUAAUAAUGUGUUUAGUGCUUCUAUUCUACCUUGUACUUUGUUGUGUAGGCCUGGGGUCUUAAAAGCUUGAAAGUGGCCAUCCGAGGCACAAUUGAUCUUUAUUCACCUGAAGCAGCAGCUGAAGAAGGAGAGGUAUUUACAUUUACAUUCCAUUUACAAUAACAGAGAAUAGAAUACCUAGAAAUAAACCUAACCAGGGAGGUGAAGGACUUAUACAAUGAAAACUAUAAAACACUGCUGAAAGAAAUUAAAGAAGACUAAAAUAAAAGGAAAGAUGUUCCAUGUUCAUGGAUUGGAAGACUUAAUAUUGUCAAUACUAUACAAACUGAUCUAUAGAUUCAACACAAUCCUGGUCAAAAGUCCAACAGCCUUCUUUACAGAAAUAGAAAAACCAAUCCUCAACUUUAUAUGGAAUGGCAAGAAGCCCCAAAUAACUAAAACAAUGUUGAAAAUAAAAAGCAAAGUAGGAGGGCUCACACUUCCUGAUUUUAAAACAUACUCUACAGCUACGGUACACAAAACAGCUUGGUACUGGUAUAAGAAUAGUCACAUAGACCAAUGGAAUAGAAUUGAGAAUCCAGAAAUAAACCCACAUAUCUAUGGUCAACUGAUUUUUUACAAGAAUACUAAGUCCAUUUGAUGGGGAAAGAAGAGUCUCUUCAAUAAGAUGUGCUGAGAAAAUGGAUUUCCACAUGCAGAAAAUGAAACAGGAACCAUGCCUCACACCAUAAACAAAAAAAAUUCAAAGUGGAUUAAGGACCUAAAUGUGCAAACUAAAACCUUAAAAUUCCUAGAAGAAAAUGCAGGAGCAAUGCUAUUGGGCCUAGCAUUUCAGAAUGGAUUAUCUAAUAUAAUAACAAAGGCACAAACAGAAAAAGGCAAAAUCCAAAGAUUUUACCAAAAAAGUGAAAAGACAAACUACUGACUGAGAGAAUAUCUUCAGAAACCAUAUAUCCAACAAGAAUCCAAUAUUCAAAAUAUAUAUAAAACUUUGACAAUUUAACAACAAAAAGGCAAAUAACUCAGUCAUAAAACAGGCAAAGAACUUGAAUAGACAUGUCACCAAAGUGGAUAUUCAAAUGGCCGCCAAACACAUGAAAAGAUGCUCAGGGUCAUUAGCCAUAAGAGAGACGCAAAUCAAAACCACAAUGAGAUACCAAUUCGCUCAUAACUAGGAUGCUUAAGAUUAAAAAAAAAAAAAAAAAGCCAGAAAAUAACAAA